UGCCCCAGCCUCCAACUUGCCCCGGUCUCCCCUAUGUAUAAUUCAAAUGAGUGGGAGAACAUAUUUGAUAAUAGUCGGAUGAAUAUGAAAACUACGGUAUAAGUAGAAACCGAUUCUGGAAGUAAUUGCAGUUUGUUUGAGAUAUUGAGCGAGAGUUGGUAGGAAAAAUCGAGUCACGUUCAUCGUUUCAUUUUGACAAAACAAGCCCAGAAAAAGGAAAACUAUGCCUACUAUAAUCGACGGUGUGAAACUAGAUUACCAGGACGUUCUAAUACGUCCGAGAAGAAGCAAGAUCAAGAGUAGAAUGGAGGUGGACCUUUUCACAGAGAUAACUUUUCCACACUCGAAACGUACAUUGAAGAGUAUACCGAUUUUCGCAUCCAAUAUGGACGGAACAGGCACUUUUGAAAUGGCCAAGGCGCUCUCGAAGCACGGUUUGUUAACGGCUAUUCACAAGUACUACACGAUCGAGGAUUGGAGAAAUUUCGCUAGAGAUAACCCCGAGUGCCUCGGUAAUGUGUCCGUGUGUGCGGGUACUUCGGAUUCUGAAUUUCAAAAAAUCUCAGAGAUCAUGAAAUUUGCUCCGGAAAUCGCGUUCAUCACCUGUGACGUCGCCAAUGGUUAUUCCGAACACUUUUUAGAGUACGUCAAAAAGGUCCGCGCCACUUUUCCGAAUCAUACGAUAAUCGCUGGGGAUGUCGCGACCCCCGAAAUGGUUGAAGCCUUGGUUAACGCGGGUACUGACAUCGUGAAUAUCGGAAUCGGUCCUGGUUCCGUGUGUACGACCCGUACCAAGACGGGGGUUGGCUACCCCCAGUUGAGUGCGAUAAUAGAGUGCGCCGAUGCGGCACACGGCUUGGGAGCCAAAAUAAUCGCUGACGGAGGCUGCACUUGCGUUGGAGACAUAGCGAAAGCUUUUGGGGCAGGCGCCGAUUUUGUCAUGCUCGGAGGGAUGCUCAGUGGACACGAUCAAGGUGGGGGGGAUACGAUAGAGAGAAAUGGUGAACGAUUCAAGCUUUUUUACGGAUUAUGUUCUUCAACUGCUAUGAAAAUACACUCCGGUGGCGUCGCCGAGUACAGAUCCGUCGAGGGAAAAACCGUCGAGGUUCCUUACAAGGGAGACGUUAAAGUCACGGUAUUCGACAUCCUCGGUGGUCUGCGUUCGGCCUGUACUUAUGUCGGCGCUGAAUCACUUCGGGAACUUCCUUCGCGGACAACCUUUGUACGCUGCGCUCGUGCCGUCAACACCGUCUUCGGACCAUCCUGAGAAAAAUUAUCGCC